AUGGCGACUUUCCCAACACCCAGUGCAAAGGCUCUCUUACAAUUCUGUCUAUGUACAUUGUGCUUUCUGCACAUUGUGUAUACUAUCGUUGGCAAUCGAAAUAAAUCAUUGCACACCACAAUAUCCUCCGCUGCAGGGGCCAUAAGCACCACCGCCACAGUAGGAGCAGUACUGGUAUCCGUUCUAGGCUCACAACGCUCCUUGCAGACAUCCUCCCUCCUUGAGAUAUAUUAUACCAUCCUAGUGAUCACCUACCUGCCACGACUACGCUCACUCUGGCUUAGUCCUCAUGUUGAUAUUCCGCGGAAUCUAUGGACAGCAAACUACAUUUUGACUGUCUUGGUCGCUCUACUAGAAUCAUGCGGGAGAGGAAUCUGCCGGUCGAGCUCCCUCAAGUCAAAGUAUUCUCAGGAGGAGGCUUUUGGAUUCUGGGGACGUAGUCUUUUUGUCUGGGUAUUGCCCACCUUGCGACAGGGCUAUUCCCGCAACCUCCAGGCUGAAGAGAUUUCCCCUGUAGACCAUCCGCUCCAGGGCCAUAGAGCCCGUCUUCGGCUACAAGAGGCUUGGAGUCAGUGCCGACCUCGCUAUCGGCUUUUGAAAGCGGUCUUUCUUGCUUAUGCCUGGGAUAUCUCCGCAUGUAUCCCGCCACGUCUGGUUCUCGGUGGCUUCACAAUCUGUCAGCCCUUUCUCAUCAAGGCUGCGAUUGAUCUUUCUGGGCAAGGAUCCUCGCCACCUGUCAAGGAAUAUAGGAGGGCCCUCGUCGGAGCUUUUAUACUGGUAUAUCUAGGGAUGGCUAUUUCAAAGGCAGUUUACGGGCGACUGGUCAAUCGUGUCAUGAGCAUGACACGAGCGGGUCUCAUGUCUGUCAUCUACCAGCGCACCACGGAAUUACACAAGUACAAACUCGGUGACUUGCAGGCGGUCACGCUCAUGGGAACUGACACGGAGCGUAUAUGUAGUAGCUUGCAAUCAUUCCAUGGCUGCUGGAUAUCUGUUAUUGAAAUUGCUUUAGCUGCUUACCUGUUAGAGCGAGAGGUCGGUUUGACAUGUGUGGUACCAAUUGCCAUCUCCGUAGGUUUGUGCAUGCCGUGGUCUUCUACUUGCUAUAAACUGUACGCUAAUUUAUUUCCACGAAACAAAGUAUGCAUGCUAGGGAUCGUACCCGUCUCCAGGCACAUUGUCCCCGCACAAAAAGACUGGGUCGUCCGAGUCCAACGGCGUAUGGCAAUGACUCUUAAAAUGCUCGAGAAUAUGAAGGCGAUAAAAAUGCUUGGGCUGGAUGAGGCGCUUUAUACAACGGUUUCCAAUCUGAGAGAAGCGGAGUUGAAGACAUCGGAGGGCUUUCGCAAGCUGCUGAUAUGUACUGUCACUCUUUCGAAUCUGCCAGCAGACUUUGCCCCUUACGCGACAUUCACCGUCUACACGGUGGUCGCCUUAGUGACGCGAGAGAGCUCACUCCUUAGCACCCGGGCUUUUACAUCCUUAUCUCUGAUUUCUAUCCUAACCGGCCGUCUCCUAUCGUUUAUCCAAUCGCUGCCCCAGUUUGCGCAGUGCUUGGGAUGUCUGGACAGAAUAGAUGCCUAUCUUUCCGAUUCUGAUCAAGGCACAGUACCAGGCAGUCAGACAAAGGGGCAAACGUGGCCUCAUUCUGAUGAAGUAGUCUCACUCAAAGCAUCCGAUUGCUCCGUGGCGCCGAAGGAGCCUCAUUCCGAUGAUAGUAUUUCACCGUCAACGAAAACAGUGAACAUCGCCUGGUCGCUGGACUCUGGCCCAAUCUUCCGGAACCUUAACCUUACCACCAAUAAGGGAAUAACCGUGAUAGUUGGCCCUUCUGGUUCAGGGAAAACGACGCUAGUGGAGACAAUCUUGAAUGACACUAUCGUCGCAAAAUGUAACCCUCAUUUGCCGGCUCCCGCGGUCGGAUACUGUGCUGAAACACCCUGGAUUCUCAACGAUACUAUCAGAACCAACAUCAUCGGUGUGAACGGCCAGUAUGAGAAGGACUGGUAUACUUUCUGUCUUUCGAUGGCUGCUCUCAGCCACGAUCUUCAAUCGUUUCCGGCCGGCGAUCUGCACUUGGUCGGAAAUAACGGGAUUGCGCUGAGUGGGGGACAGAAGAAGCGAGUCGCUCUUGCUCGAGCUAUCUAUUCCAGGCUACCGGUUCUCAUACUGGAUGAUGUCUGGAGUGGCUUGGAUUCGAAGAACAUACAGCUUGCUCAAAGUAACCUGUUGGGGGAAAAUGGCUAUUGUCGACAAGCAGGUAUUUCGGUCAUACUGACUUCUCGUGCUCUACCCCCGUUCGCCGACCAUGUGAUUGUUCUCCAAGGAGGGUCAGUUAUUGCCAAGGGAUCCUACGAGGACGUGAUAUUGCGUGUGCCGGAAAUUGCCGAGAGAUAUCCUUCGGACAACCUUGAGGCCAUGGAACUUAUAAGAAACAAAAGUGGUGAAAUGAUCGAAGGUAUACCCCCAAUGACUGAGUCCACGCUCAAAGAAUCAGCCCCGGCAAACCCAGCAGGUUUUGGAGAAGAUCUUUCGAGGCGAGAUAGUACCUGGAGUACUUACCGGUACUAUAUCAGUCGAGCAGGCCGAUGGAAAACUGCCUUUUUUCUAUUCUGCUGUCUAGUCAGUGCUUUCUUCAGCAACUUCGUCACGAUUUGGAUUCAGUGGUGGUCUGAAGCGAAUGGUAAACGGCCAAAUUCAAACCCAGGAUAUUAUUUGGGCGUUUACGCCGCUCUUGUGUUUUUGAAUGUAAGCUUUUACAUCAUUGGUUGCUAUCUGCUCAUCAUCGGUAUCAUAAAUAAUACAGCCCAAGCAUUGCACUCGGAUCUCUUGAAAACAACCUUGAACGCCCCAUACAGCUUCUUCCACAAGACAGACAGUGGCGUCACAGCCAAUCGGUUCAGUCAGGACAUGGAUCUCAUUGAUAUGAAGCUUCCAAUGUUUGCAAUCGGAUUCACUGGAGCGGCCUCACUCUGCCUCAUCAAAGCGAUACUUCUCUGUGUAGUCGGCAAAUACUUCGCUCUGACAAUGCCUCUCCUUUUGGCCGUCAUUUGGUUCGUCCAACGGUACUACUUACGAACAUCAAGACAGGUGCGACUGCUUGAAAUUGAGGCAAAGUCACCCCUCUACACGCACUUCACCGAAACGAUCGCGGGAAUUUCGACGAUCAAGGCAUAUCAUUGGCAGAGCCAAUUUCAACAAACAUGCGAUGAGCAUAUCAACAAUACACAACGGACAUAUUACAUGCUUCUGUCCAUCCAACAAUGGCUAGCAUUCAUCCUUGAUCUGCUGGUGGCUGUCAUGGCGGUAGUUAUCGUCUCUAUCACCACAUGCUUGCAUGACAAAUUCAGUCCCGGAGAGAUCGGUGUCGCCUUGAACAUUGUUCUCACCUUCAAUGACGCGUUAGCACAGGCAAUCACAUCAUGGACACAAGUUGAAACCUCUAUCGGCGCAGUCACACGUGUACAACGAUUUCGAGACACAACUCCGACUGAGCUUCGUCAGGGGGCGACAGAGACCCUUCAGUCUGUUCAUGACUGGCCCAGCCGGGGAGCUGUUGUCUUUCAUCAAGUAACUGCUUGUUACAGCUCGAACACUCCCCCAGCCCUCACAAAUGUCAACCUCACAAUAAAACCGAGCGAAAAGAUUGCAAUCUGCGGGCCAUCCGGGAGCGGCAAGACAUCCCUCAUUCUGGCACUGCUUCAAAUGAUAGAGGUCCGAUCAGGGAGUAUCUCUAUUGAUGGCCGCGACCUGCAAAGCUUACGACCCGGUGAUAUCCGCUCGAGAAUCAAUGUCACCCCGCAGGAUCCAUUCUUCAUCCCCGGGACCGUAGCGUAUAACCUGGAUCCCACUGCGACUGCAUCAAAUGUAUUGAUUGAGACUGCCUUGCGGAAGGCCGGACUGUGGGAGAAAAUCUCCUAUGCUGGCGGUCUGAGUGCGGAUCUCCAGCCCACGAGUUGGUCAGCCGGGGAGAAGCACUUAUUCGCACUGGCACGAGCAUUGACGAAUGACAGUCAGAUUGUUAUUCUAGAUGAAGUGACAAGUUCCGUCGAUACAACUACUGAAAUUAUCAUGCAGAGAGUAAUACAAGAGGAGUUCCCCAACCGUACUGUCAUUGCCAUUGUGCAUCGAUUUGGCAACAUCGAUCUUUUUGAUCGUGUCGCUGUCCUUCAGAGAGGCGAGGUCGUUGAAUACGAUACACCAAAGACUCUACUAUCCCAAGAUUCCAAAUUCAGGGAGCUGUAUGUGUCUUCGCUGGGGCACUCUUGCUAUUGAGGCAAUUAGACCUUUCUGCUGCACGCGUUGGCUGUAUGUGUGUCACGUGAAUAUAUGAUCCUCGGUGGGAUAUGAUGCUGCCAGGCUUGUGAAAGAACGAUUAUCCGUGUCAGUGACUCGGUCUUAUCAUAAGACAGCGCGAAUUCUCUCAAAAUAUUGGUGACUUAUCUAGCGAGGGCUUCAAGCUACGAGUGCCAACCGAAAGGGACACUGUACUGCUGCCUUCUUUUGAAGAAAUAUCCUCAGAUGUACCCAGCC